CUUUACAUUUAAUAUGUGACUGUUCAAAUUGUAAUUUGUUGAUCACUUUGCACAACUGUUUCAUAUGUUGUAAAUUUCAACUUUUGUCAAAAAAAUCUAAAUAAUAAUACAAAAUAUUUUCAAUCGCCUUUGGGGUUCAUUUUAAAGUGGAAAUUGGCCUUAAGUUAACGGGUUUGCUCAAAAAAAAAAUAAAAACUAGAAAGACAGAUACAUCGAUCGGCUUGCUCGACAAUCGUUUAGUUCUGUCUGAAUCCGUCAGAGGUCAGAGGUCAACGUGCGCGCGUCCUCAAACACAACCUCGAUUUGGAGACAAAAAUAUUAAGCCAUGUUCACCUGUUUGUUUGGAGACAGCUGAUAUAAAAACCUCGGUGAUCUUUACGUCAUUUAAUCGUUUUCCGCUUGUUCGUUUCGCCUGGCUAGCCCCGUUAGCCACUUUAGCUGGCUAAUGAGGGAACCGCCGGCUAACAGUUUCGAGGCUAAGCUAUCUUAAUUGAAGUAAACCACAUAAUUCUGUGCUUUGAAAUCGACCCACUCAAGCCAAACAUGCAGGACCUACUAGCAAAUGUGGAUCACAUCAAGUUCGACCUGGAGAUCGCCGUGGAGCAGCAGCUGGGGGCGCAGCCGCUGCCGUUUCCCGGCAUGGACAAGUCCGGCUCAGCUGUGUGCGAGUUCUUCACGAGGGGAGCGUGUAUGAAAGGUGGAAUGUGUCCGUUCCGUCACAUCAGCGGGGAGAAGACGGUGGUGUGUAAGCACUGGCUCCGAGGGCUCUGCAAGAAGGGAGACCAGUGUGAGUUUCUGCACGAGUACGACAUGACCAAGAUGCCUGAAUGCUACUUCUACUCAAAGUUUGGUGAGUGCAGCAACAAGGAAUGUCCCUUCCUGCACAUCGAUCCAGAGUCUAAGAUCAAAGACUGUCCCUGGUACGACAGAGGUUUCUGCAAACACGGUCCUGACUGCAGACACAGACACACGAGAAGAGUGAUCUGUGUGAAUUAUCUGAUUGGUUUCUGUCCAGAAGGCAAAUCCUGUAAAUUUAUGCACCCGCGUUUUGAGUUGCCUAUGGGAACGUCCGAACAGCCUCCUCUACCACUGCAAAUCCAAAACCAGGGAAAGACUGCAGCUUCCAGCGGACGCUCGUGUCUUUCCCUCAUCCAGCUGACCAACUCCAGUCCGGGCCAGCGGCAGCAGAACAACACCAACAUCAUUUCUCAUCAAAACAACAUGAAUGCCAACAGAGGACCCCGACCUCUCGACCAGGUCACCUGUUACAAGUGCGGCGAGAAGGGCCACUACGCCAACAAAUGCACCAAAGGCCACCUUGCCUUCCUGAGUGGACAGUAACCUUCAGCCGCAGCGUGCUGCCUCAGCGGACGGAAGGAGGCUCCUGAACAGACUUAAAACUUUCUCCUGUGGGAAUUCACACAGAGGAGAAGUAACCCUCGCAGGAUGUGGACGAUAGAACAAUUUUCAAUCGAAAGUCUGGACUUAAUGAUGUGCGCUUUAAAAAAAUGUAGUUCCAGUUCCCAGCCUCUCAAGGUGCCAUGCGGUUUUUGCUGGUAGGAGUCUCGUCAGUUCUUCACUCAAGUGCUACUGUCCUGUCAUUUCCUAAUAAAUCUGAGUGAUGAUCCAUAGUUUGAAUGGAAACA